AUGGCGCUGAGGAACUCGAGCUCGCAGAGCAUCAGCAAGCUGCCCGCAAAGUCGUCGGUGUCGAAGGGCAAGUAUGGGCUGAAAGACUUCGAAGUGCUGAGAUCGUUGGGAACGGGCUCCUUUGGACGAGUCCACCUGGUGCGCUCAACGCACAACGGCAGAUUCUAUGCGAUGAAAGUGUUGAAAAAGGAUAGGGUUGUGAAGAUGAAACAAGUUGAACACACGAACGACGAGAGAAGGAUGCUUUCCCUGGUGGAACACCCCUUCAUCAUCAGAAUGUGGGGCACGUUCCAGGACUCCCAGCAGCUGUUUAUGAUUAUGGAUUACAUCGAAGGUGGUGAGCUGUUUACGCUGUUGAGGAAGUCCCAAAGGUUCCCAAACCCUGUGGCGAAGUUCUACGCCGCGGAGGUGUGUCUUGCGUUGGAGUACCUCCACGAGCACACCAUCAUUUACAGAGAUUUGAAGCCUGAGAACAUCCUACUGGAUAGAAAUGGCCAUAUAAAGCUCACAGAUUUUGGCUUUGCUAAAGAGGUCAGAGACGUUACCUAUACGCUCUGUGGAACGCCAGAUUACAUAGCACCGGAGGUUGUCGCUACGAAACCGUAUAACAAGUCUGUGGACUGGUGGUCCUUUGGAAUCCUGAUAUUUGAAAUGUUGGCAGGCUACACCCCCUUUUAUGACUCUUCACCUAUGAAGACGUAUGAAAAUAUCCUUGCCGGCAACGUUAAGUACCCUGAAUUCCUACACCCAGAUGCCCUUGAUCUGUUGAAAAGACUGAUAACAAAGAACUUGAGUGAACGGUUGGGUAAUUUACAAGGAGGCACAGAGGAUGUGAAGAGACACCCUUGGUUUUCAGAAGUUGUUUGGGAGAGAUUACUAUCAAGAGACAUUGAAACGCCGUAUGAACCACCAAUUCAACCAAACACCGGUGACACAUCACAGUUUGAUAGAUAUCCAGAAGAGGAUACAAACUAUGGAGUUGGUGGCCCGGAUACGUACGGCCAUCUCUUCCCAAACUUUUGA